UAUAAAUGGAUCACCUUUUGAAAUGCUGAAAAGAACAUUAAUUUUCCUGUGGCCAGAAAAAUAAAUGCUGUAAGUAUAUUGCUUAGCUAAAAAAAAAACAUGUUGUUGUCAAAUUACAACGUUUGUGUAUAAGAGUUAAAGAAUAAAAAUAGUACUCUAUAUGCAUGUUCAGGUUUCAAAUUCCAAUUGAAGUUACCAGUGUUUUUCUCUUUUAUAGUGGGGUGAAUGUUGUUCCAUUCCUAGAGGUGAUUGGCUUACCAGACAGUGUAGUAGACAUCCUGAAAAAUUCCCAGAGUGGAAAUGCACUAACUGCAUAUGCAUUGUAUAAAAUUGCAACUCCUGCCAGAUACACUGUGACUUUGGGAGGAACAUCCAUCACUGUUAAAUAUCUGCGUAAGCAUGGCUACAUGUCCACACCACCACCAGUAAAGGAAUAUAUACAAGACAGGAUGGAGGAAACAAAGGAUAAAAUUACGGAGAAGAUGGAGGAAACAAAAGAUAAAAUUACAGAGAAGAUGGAGGAAACAAAGGAUAAAAUUACAGAGAAGAUACAAGAAACCAAAGAUAAAGUUUCAUUUAAAAAAAUAAAGGAGUAGGAGAGAUGCCUAAUUUUUGGAUAUAUCAAACUUAGCACUUUAACCCUUUGUGAGGCAGGAUAUGCAAAGUGCACUUCUGGGCUUUUUUUUUCCUUUUCCCCCCUUAUCUGGAGACUACAAUUGGAGAGUGGAUCUAAAGGUUAAAGUUACCUGAGGGAGAGGUUUUGACAAAAUUUCAAUUUACAGAAGCAAAAGUGAAUCUCAGAUUAGAAGUUAACAUGUCCCUUGGUAAUAAUGUUAACAGUUACUCUUCCCUCUUUUUUCCUCAUACCCUCCUCCUCAAAAUGAAGGUGAUUUCUGCCAAAAGCCACUACUUUAUUCUUCUUCCAUUAUAGUGCACAGCCAUUGUUCCACUAGACCGAGCCCUCCAUUAAAUGAGAAUGAAGAUUUCUCUGUUGGGAAGGGCAACAUGUUUAGGUUUUUAGAGUAUGUGGACCCAAGCCUCUUCAAUCGUGAUCAUCUCUCAACUUGGAGCAGACCAUUGUCACUGAUACUGCACAUGAAGGAAUUAAUAGAUCAGCUAUUCAGCAGGAAUUAAUUACAGUGGCUUCCUUGGCUUCAGGCAGGCUGCAGUGGUUUACAGGUUGAGACUAUGAAUCAUUCUUGGACAGUGCAUCUCUUCAGAAAUCUCAACUGAAAGCUCUAGGAAGGUGAAUUAAUCACAGUAGCCACACUGUCAAGUAUACUUUGUUUCCUGAAGUUGAUUUGCAGUAGAAAGUCAUUAAAUGAAAUUAAUCAAUAAUUGUAUAUUAAACGCUAGGAUUUGUUUAUUGUGUUAAAGUUUACAAACCUGGUCUAUUUCAUUUUUGAGACAAAAAAUAAAAUUGAAAGAGAAGUUUGUUGGAGAAAUUGCUAUAUUAAGGGGCUUUUUAAACACAUGAAAAGUUGGAGUUAAUCCCCAAAGUUCAUCCUGCUUCAGAAAUCCAUCAGACUUCAGUUAGAACAAUUUGACUAAAACAAGCAUGAUUUCUGAGACAGUGAUCACAGUCUACCAAACUUUUUUACCCCUAGGUUUCUUAAGUCAAGCAAACACUUAUUCGUACCUGAAGGCUGAAAUGCUGUCUCAGAUGUCAUAAAGGACUAAAGUUGAAACUGUUCUAUUUGACUGGGCAGGCAAACUUCUCUCAGUCUUAUUCAAAUGUCAGCUAAACUGAAGUGUGUUUUUCCUAUUUCUACUACAAAUCUCACUUGGUAGCAACUGUGCAUGCUUAAGUUGCUUAACAAAAGUGGGUUUUUUUUUGAAGGGGGAUAUGGGGAGGCAACAGAGUUGGACCCCGAGCACUGCAAAUUACUGGAGUGAAAGAAUAUAGCUGAUGAAGUAUCAGCACUGCCCCACUGUCCUGUUUCCAUUCAAAUCACUGAGGGCCUCUCCGUGUUUGAGUUGAACUUCAUUAACUUAAUUGUGCAGGAUUGAUUACAUACUCCUCUGCCUCUGUCCACAUGUGAAAUAGUAACUGCAAUCUAAUGCCUACCUCACAGGGAUGUUGUGAGGAAUAAUCAUUGUAUAUUCAGUGACCUGAAGAUGUAAAGUGCCAUGUUUCUGAUAAAUAUUAAAAAAAUAUUUCUGUGAAUUCUUAAACUGCUAAGCACUCUUGUAGGACUGGACUUAAUAGAUGCUAUUUUGUUUUUCUGUU